GCGAUGGCGGACCGCAGUGUCCCCAGACCUGCCCAGGGAGGGACGGAGCAAAGUCACUAAGCCACUCUCACCGGCUUCGUUACACUGCCGUCUGACCACCUGUUAAAGAGGGGCUGCAAUCGUUGGCGUCCCUCCCGUGAAAUAGUAUGUGGGACGGGAACUGCUCGGAGUGCACUGACCAGGACGAGCCAGAAGUGGAGUGAAGAUAGGAGCGGAGUGCGCCGGGCUGACGCGCCGCAUGUUGAGCCAGCAACUUGACUGACAUAACAAAAGUCGCGUCGACGGUGCAAGGGGAAAGCCGCUCUCGGAUUUAACGGAGGUUUGAGGGGGACAGUUGUUACGGCAAAAUGAAAUUCGCAGAGCAUCUUUCGUCCCACAUCACUCCUGAAUGGAGGAAACAGUAUCUUCAGUAUGAGGCGUUCAAGGAAAUGCUGUAUGCUGCCCAGGACCAAGCUCCAUCCAUAGAAGUCACAGAUGAAGACACAGUGAAGAGAUACUACGCCAAGUUUGAGGAGCGGUUUUUCCAGACCUGUGAGAAGGAGCUCCUGAAAAUCAACACAUUCUAUUCAGAAAAGCUUGCUGAAGCCCAGAGACGUUUUGCCACGCUGCAGAAUGAGCUGCAGUCUUCGCUGGAUGCUCAGCGCGAGAGCAACGCACCGCCCGGCCUGCGCAAACGCAAGACGAUGUUCCACCUGUCACAGGAGGAGCGCUGCAAACACCACAACAUCAAGGACCUGAAGCUAGCCUUCAGCGAGUUCUACCUCAGCCUCAUCCUGCUCCAGAACUACCAGAAUCUGAACUUCACUGGUUUCCGUAAAAUCCUGAAGAAACAUGACAAGAUCCUGGAUACUCCUCGCGGGGCCGACUGGCGUGUGGCUCACGUGGAGGUGGCACCUUUCUACACCUGCAAGAAGAUCACACAGCUCAUUUCUGAGACAGAGACCCUCGUCACCACAGAGCUGGAGGGAGGAGAUCGUCAGAGGGCCAUGAAGAGGUUGAGAGUUCCUCCACUGGGGGCAGCUCAGCCUGCUUUGGCGUGGACAACCUUUCGCGUGGGUCUUUACUGCGGCUUCUUUAUCAUUCUUGCCAUCUCCUUUGUUCUCACUGGUGCUGUGUUCAUCCGCUACGAGAACGUGUGGCCUCUUGUGCGGAUCUAUCGGGGCGGUUUCCUGUUGAUCCAGUUCCUCUUCCUGUUGGGCAUUAACACUUAUGGAUGGAGACAGGCUGGAGUCAACCAUGUUCUCAUCUUUGAGAUCAAUCCCCGCAACAACCUCUCACACCAACACCUGUUUGAGAUCGCUGGUUUCCUGGGUGUGUUGUGGUGUCUCAGCAUCCUCUCCUGUCUCUACUCAGACUACACCCACCUCCCUAUGCAGAUCAACCCUCUCAUCCUUUAUGGCUUCAUGGUGCUUUUCCUCAUCAACCCCUUCAAGACCUGCUACUACAAAUCACGCUUCUGGCUCCUCAAGCUGCUGUUCCGUGUGUUCACAGCGCCGUUUCACCGCGUGGAGUUUGCAGACUUCUGGCUGGCUGAUCAGCUCAACUCUCUGGUGGUUGUUUUAAUGGACCUGGAGUAUCUCAUCUGCUUCUACAUUUUUGAGUUGCAGUGGAGCAACAGCAAAGGCCUACUGCCCAACUUUAAAAGCGCUGAUGACUUCAUGUGCCACAGCUACUCUUACGGUCUGCGUGCCAUCAUCCAAUGCCUGCCCGCCUGGUUCCGCUUCAUCCAAUGCCUGAGGCGUUACCGUGACACCAAGAGGGCCUUCCCUCACCUGGUGAAUGCUGGGAAAUAUUCUACCACCUUCUUUGUCGUCACCUUCGCCGCACUCUAUGCCACACACAGAGAACAAGGACAUACAGACGCCGACAUGUUCUUCUACCUGCUGAUAGUCUUCUCGACCAUCAGCUCCCUGUACACACUGAUCUGGGAUCUGCGUAUGGACUGGGGUCUGUUUGACCGCGGAGCUGGAGAAAACACCUUCCUCAGAGAAGAAAUAGUUUACCCCCACAAGGCCUACUACUACUGUGCCAUAAUAGAAGAUGUGAUCCUGCGUUUUGCCUGGACGAUUCAGAUUUCUCUGACCACAAUGACCAAGAUCCACUCUGUGGGCGACAUCAUAGCCACUGUGCUGGCUCCUCUCGAGGUCUUCAGACGUUUUGUGUGGAACUUCUUCCGUCUGGAGAACGAGCACCUGAAUAACUGUGGUGAGUUCCGUGCGGUGAGGGAUAUUUCGGUGGCGCCACUCAAUGCUGACGACCAGACGCUGCUGGAGCAGAUGAUGGACCAGGAGGAUGGUGUCCGGAACCGCUCGGGCAAAAAGACCUGGAAGAGGUCCUACAGCCUGUCGCUCCGACGCCCCCUACUGUCCUCCUCUCAAUCGAAAAAGGACACAAAGGUGCUAAUUGAAGACACGGAUGAUGAGGCCUUCAGCUGAGUGCACAACAUCAGCACGUACACACACACACACAAACACAAACACACACACACACACACACACACACACAAACUAACACACACACA